UUGUCAAUUCACUCUACCUAUGGAACAGGUUCGAGGAAACGCAUUUUUGAGAGCAUCUGAAUAAGUCAUUUUAGUUUUCAAAGCUGGGUGGCUGUGGUUUGGUCACAUGGACGAUAUAUAAUACCGCAGUGCGACUCGCUAACACAGACACGGAUAGUCAUCCUGUGAGACUUUUUUUUUUUUGCUGAUUUGCUUUCUGGGGAGACAGACGAACGGCCAGCUCCACUAAAGACGCAUACUACACUCUGAGCUCUCGCUUUUCAGUUUGUCUGUUUGACGCACUUGACGUGUAGUAGCCUAGCCACCAGGAAAUCUACGUUCCGCAGGUGUAUGCUACAAGCAACGGCUGUUUUACUUAACGAUUUCAUCUUGAACGGCGUACCUGCAGGUACACAGGCCUCAUAAAGCAGUGGGCACUGGCCGUGGUCUCAUGAUGGCUUUUACAGUGAACCUGAAUGGCCCAUCUCCCUGGGGCUUCAGAAUAUCUGGAGGGAGGGACUUCAAGAAGGCAAUAACAGUUUCCAAGGUGAAUGGGGGCAGCAAAGCCGCACAGGCCAGCCUGCAGCCAGGAGACGUCAUCAUGGAGAUCAAUGGGGAGAACACGGCAGACAUGCUGCAUGUGGAAGCACAGAACAAGAUCAAGAACUCUAAGACCCAGCUGCAGAUGCUGGUGGACAGGCCUGAGCCUCCAAGCCCGGGACAGACCAAUGGGAUCAGCACUCCUGAGCAGCUGGGCGGGCGCUUCCAGGAGGCGCUGCAGGUGAGUCGAGAUGAAAACCAGAACUACAGGGAGUACUCCCUGUCCAGCCCAGCCUCUCUGUCACCUGGCCCCUAUUCCCCAGAACCUCCGUCCAGCCCCGACAGGAAGAUAGAGCAACACACAGGCACCAGCAAGAGUGUGCAGCUGCACUCAUGGUCCUCGGUGGACAAGACCCCCAGCCACAGGCUCUCUAGACCCCUCUCUCAGGACUACUCCUCACCAGACUUCCGAAGCAACUCCGUAUCCAGCAGGACCCCGACCCCCCCUGGACACAGCCCUGUGGAAAGAGAGUUCUCCGCCUCGCCCAGGCGCAACUCGGACUACAGCAUGCAGAGAUUUGACCGCGAUUCGGAGGUGUACAAGAUGAUCCAGGAGAACAAGGAGUCCCGGGCCACCCCACGACAGUCUAGCACCUUCCGCAUGCUUCAGGAGGUGCUGGAGGCCGAUGAGAAGGAGGCUGCUCUGCGCUUCCCCGGGAGACUGUCGCCCAGCCCUGCCAAACCCAGCUCCUCGGUGGCUGGGGUGCAGAAGCACCACACCUGUGAGAAGUGUGGCACCAGCAUUGUAACACAGGCGAUUCGUAUCGUAGACGACCGAUACCGGCACCCGGAGUGCUACACCUGCACGGACUGCGGCCUCAACCUGAAGAUGCGAGGUCACUUCUGGGCGGGCGAGGAGAUGUUCUGUGAGAAGCACGCCCGGGAGAGGUACCAGGGCCCUGGAAGUACCCCCCAGGCCACAGUCUCCCCUCGCCACUGAACAACCCUCCAGCAGCCAACCCCCCAAUCCUGGCCAGGUACCCCAACUCUACAGACUCAGAGCAAUGGACCGAGGGCUGGGGGCCGCUUCUUUUUCUAUAGCACUCACCUUCACCUUCCUUAAUGUGUCAUUCACUCAGCUGCCCUUCACUUAUUGCUCCAGGUUCAAGAGAGCAUUUUGUCUUGCCAUUUACUUAUUUUGUCUUAUCCCUCCACCCCCAGGCUUUUAGAACCCCUACAGGCUUUUAGAAACAUGGACUUCCACAGAUCAGGCACCAUCUGUGACACUUGCACUGGUGUAUUAGAUAUUGGAAUGUUUUCCUGUUACAACGGAUAUCAAAAAAAAGAGAAAAAAAAAAGACAAACAAAAGUCUAACCGCGAAAGUCAACUCCAUUGUUUCUGUCCUUUACACUGUUUCUGAGACUGUAACAGCUUCUGCUGAGUGAAGCAGGGAGAUGACUGGCUCUGAAAUGUCAUUAAAAAUGGACCCAGGCGUCUGUUGAAUUCAUGCAUCAUUGUUCAAGAAUGUGGCGUUUGCCUUUGCUGCAACUAUUCAGCUCCGAAUGAAACUUGUGAAUCCUGCUAAAAAAUCUGACAUUUUCCUUUUUAAAUUAUGUAAGCACAACCAUUCAUACAUUUAUUUCAAAUCAUUCACUUUCCAUUUUCUUUUUGUCAAACAAGGGAAUAUUUCAUUUAAGAAAUAAUAAAAAUAACAUUCUGUACAUAAUAUUUUCAGACCGAACUGUAUGUAAAUUGGUAGUGCUGUAGUGCUUUUCUGCAGAGGGUUGUAUUUCUGAUUUGUACCUGAGUGUGGAGAUGAGAUUGUUAAUGCUAUAGAACAUUCAUGCCUUAUACCAGUAGUACUUUUGAGUGGGAACACUUUAAAAUAGAUAUAACUCACAUAUUACACUGUAUAAAACACAAAUGAAGGUUGUUCAUUUGGGAACAUGUAAUAAAUGGUAAAAACUGAACAAAAAA